AUGCAGUGCGGAGGAGUCGUUGAUAUAGUUGAUAGAUUCUACGAAAAGAAUACCAGCAAGAACUUCCAGUUUACUCGCAACCGGAGAAAAAGAAGCAGACAGAUGACAAUGGCACUAUCUCCCUCACUUCUCACGAUGCGGUUCUUCCGCCAUAUAAUUCAGCGGCAAUUCCCUUCGACCACGCCAAAGCCGCACUGCACCCUUUCCGCGCUGUCUUCUCAAUGCCUCCUCCGAUCCUCUGCUCUGAAUGCGUUCCAUAAGAGCUUCUCCACCACUUCACAGCUACAAGCUACGCUGAAUCAAGUACGACGUGGCUGCCGAUCUGGCCAAAAAGCACGAAAGAAGCGAUCUCCGGCUCUUGUAAACCGGCCACAGCUGAAAGGAGUGUGCUUGAAAACACAAGUUGAAAAACCAAAGAAGCCCAAUUCCGGAGAAAGAAAGACUGCGAGGGUUAAGCUUACCAGUGGGAAGGUUAUUACGGCUUAUAUUCCUGGUGAAGGUAGGACCUUCGGAGCCAAACUCGUUUGUGAUGAACUGAUGGUUUAA